UAGCGUGCUGGGCUUGGGGACGACCCUGGGGAGCAUGGUGGCAGUGGAUGAGGGACCAGGAUGGGCCUGUGGGAAGGGCCUCAGCGGUGGAGAGAAAUCUGAUGGUGUCCGGAAAAGUGCUCUUUUGCCCAGCACCCACCCCGCAUGGCUGAGUGCCCACGGUGGCGCCUCAGGGUGGCUGGGCACCUCCCAAGCAGCCGAUGUCCCCAGGCUUGGCUACAGUUCCUCGUCCAGUCACAAGUAUGUUCCUCGGAGGGCAGUUCUGUACGUACCUGGGGACGACGAAAAGAAAAUAAAGAAGAUUCCUUCUCUGAAUGUUGACUGUGUGGUGCUCGACUGUGAGGAUGGUGUGGCUGCGAACAAAAAGAAUGAAGCUCGGUUGAGAAUAGUAAAAACUCUCGAAGACUUUGAUCUGGGCCCAACUGAAAAGUGUGUCCGAGUGAGCUCGGUGUCCAGCGGUCUGGCCGAGGAGGACCUGGCGGCCAUCCUGCAGUCCCAGGUACUCCCUUCCAGUCUGAUGCUCCCCAAGGUGGAAAGCCCUGAAGAAAUCCAGUGGUUUGCAGGCAAAUUUUCAUUCCACUUAAAAGGCCGAAAACUCGAACAACCAAUGAAUUUAAUCCCUUUUGUGGAAACUGCAAUGGGUUUGCUCAAUUUUAAGGCAGUUUGUGAAGAAACCCUAAAGAUCGGGCCUCAUGUGGGUCUUUUCCUAGAUGCAGUCGUUUUUGGAGGAGAAGAUUUUCGAGCCAGCAUAGGCGCAACAAGUAGUAAAGACACCCAGGACAUUCUGUACGCCCGACAAAAGAUUGUUGUGGUGGCCAAGGCCUUUGGCCUGCAAGCCAUAGAUCUGGUGUACAUUGACUUCCGGGACGAAGACGGGCUGCGCAGACAGUCGAGAGAAGCUGCCGCCAUGGGCUUCACUGGUAAGCAGGUGAUCCACCCGAGCCAAGUCGCCGUGGUCCAGGAGCUGUUCACCCCUGCCCCGGGAAAAAUCCAGUGGGCAGAAGAACUGAUUGCUGCCUUUCAAGAGCAUCAGCAAUUAGGAAAGGGAGCCUUUACUUUCCAAGGGAGUAUGAUCGACAUGCCAUUACUGAAGCAGGCCCAAAACAUUGUUACGCUUGCCACAGCCAUCAAGGAAAAAUGAUCUGUUAAAUGAAGCGCUCCUCAGGUGGGCUGAACAUAUACAGUGGAUUUCUUAAGGCCAAACUGUACACUCAGGCAACUUGCUAGCCUGCCAGGUUGGGGCUCCAGUGCAUUUACCGGGGGGCAGUUGUUGUCUUAUUGGCCAUGUUAUUCGUUGGCGCCCCUUCAGCUUAUGAUCUUAUUGUUAUUAAUAUAUUGCAAGUAUGGACUCAUGCUUCCACAGGGAGAUAAAACCAUGAAGAAGGUGGGAGGGAGCCAGGUGUUUCACAAGGCAGGUCUUGGUCAAACGCGCAGACUCCCUCUGGCCUCCUCGUGUUGGGAAGUGCUUGCCAGGUUACCCAUCUCUGCGGCCUACAUCACAGAUGAUUUUAAGAAACUGCAGGCUUUUGAAAAAAGAAGGGUAAAAUUAAGGGGGUUUGUGUGUUUCACUAACAGGCCUCUAAAACAACAGAGACGGCACAGAAAACAUGGUAGAGCACUACAAUGGCUUGUAAAGCUACCUGCUAAAAAUAAACUGCUGUUAACCCCAUCCCCCAACUGCACCAUCUCUGUCCUCAAGGUGCUGGACGGUGAGCCCGAAAGCACUCGUUGGGAUGAUGUUUUGGGUCAACAGCUAGCGGCAGUUAAAAAAAUAAAUGUGCAGGAACCAAGGACCAUCCAUCUGCCCUUUCUUUUCCCAGUUCAACUGCUCACCAUUGAGGCCAUUUCCCCUGUAAAUGCAGGGCCAGGACGGGGCUCCCUCGGCCAUAAACUUGUAGUGUCUCCAAGACACAAAGCCAGGGCUGGUGCGUAUGGCCCCUGUGAGAUUUGCAUCACAUUA